AUGGGUUUAAAAUGUGCCAUUGGAAGACAACCUAAAAAAUCAGCACCAAUCAUAGCAAAAGAUGGCACAAUUCUACAUGACAAAGAACAACAAUUAGACAGAUGGGCAGAAUACUACUAUGAACUGUUCUCCAAUACCGUCCCACUUGCACCAGCAACACUGGAUCAAGUCCCUUUACUUCCAAAACUGUUUGAGCUUGAUGAAGAACCUACAGUGGAAGAUCGAUUAAAGGCCAUUAAUACCCUUAAUGUAGGAAAAGCACCAGGAGAUGACAACAUUCUACCUGAGGUCAUCAAACAAUGCAAAACUACUUUAUUACUACCAUUGUAUGACUUAUUGUUACAAUGUUGGAGACACACUCCUCCAACUAUACCACAACAACUACGUAACUCAAAGAUUAUAACACUCUACAAAAAUAAGGGAUCACGGAAGGACUGUAACAACUAUCGAGGUAUCUCACUCCUCAACAUAGUAGGAAAGGUAUAUGCCAAAAUCAUUCAUCAGAGACUAGUUGUUAUAGCUGACCGUGUCUACUCUGAAUCACAAUGUGGAUUCAGAGUAGGAAGAUCUACCAUAGACAUGAUUUUCUCCCUCAGACAAGUGCAAGAAAAGUGUAGAGAACAAAACAUGCCGCUCCACAUAGCAUUCAUAGAUCUAACAAAAGCAUUUGAUCUAAUUAGUAGAGAUGCACUAUUUAGUGUCCUAGAAAGAAUAGGAUGUCCACCAAUCCUGAUUGGCAUUAUUAAGUCCUUCCAUGAGAAACAACUUGGAGUUAUAACCUUCAAUAGCAAGACUUCAAAACCCUUUCUGAUCCGAAAUGGUAUUAAGCAUGGUGAUAACAUAGCUCCAGUUCUCUUCGGCAUCUUCUUUGCAGUAGUACUGAUACGAACGUUCAGCCUUUGCCCAGCAAAUCCUGGUAUUGCUAUCCGGACCCGUGAAGAUGGAGGAGUCUUCAAUCAGGCAAGGCUUAGAGCAAAGACAAGGACAUAUACAUUCAAUAUCCAUGACUUGCUCUAUGCAGAUGAUGCUGGUUUUCUCACUCACUCACCUGAAAAACUGCAGGAAGUUAUGGACUGCUUCUCAAAAGCCUGUAACGAGUUUGGUCUAACCAUCAGCAUUAACAAAACUAAAAUCUUACACAGAGGAGAUGAUGAACCCCCAUCAAUCAAAAUCAAUGGUGAAGAACUGGAAUGUGUAGAGACAUUCUGUUACCUUGGGUCUACAGUUAACCCCAAAGGUACACUAGAUGAUGAGAUUGAGAAGAGGAUAUUAAAAGCCACUGUAACCAUGGCAAGACUGAAAGAUAGAGUAUGGGAGAACGCCAAGCUGACUAAUAAAACCAAGUGUCAGGUAUACAAAGCUUGUGUAUUAAGCAUACUCCUAUAUGCUAGUGAAACUUGGACAACAUACGCCUGGCAAGAGAGAAAGCUGAAUACAUUUCAUAUGAGAAACCUUCGCCGCAUUCUAGGCAUUAAAUGGCAAGAUAAAAUCAGUAACAAAGAGGUGCUAGAGAGAGCAGAACUAUGUGAUAUUUACACAUUACUAACAUAUAAACGAUUGAGAUGGUUUGGUCACACAAUAAGAAUGGAAUCCCACAGAAUCCCAAAGCAACUUUUGUAUGGUGAACUGGCAGAAGGAAAGCGCUCUAGAGGACGUCCUUUACUGCGGUAUAAAGAUGUAUGUAAACAAGAUCUCAAUUCGAUCAACAUUGAUCCCCAUACUGCAGAAGAAAUGACCAACAACCGAGAAUCAUGGCAUCAUUCAAUUAAGUCAGCUGUGGAAAUGCGACAACAAAAACUUUACAAACAUAAAGCUUACCUCCGCCACCAACGAAAAACAAAAGAACCAACAAUGUCAGAUGAAUUGAAUGAUGUCCAAAUUGUAAAAGGAAAUGCAAAUCAAGAAUUGGACUCCACAGUCACAUGA